UUGGAAGUUCCUGUUUUUUUUUCUUCUUAUCUGUUGAUGAAGAAGAAUCAUCGAUGUCAGAGGAUUCUGAUCCUCUCAUUGCUCUCUUUCUCUGUUUGCGCUCCAAUCGUGUUGGUCUCUUGGAGAUUCAAAACCCUUACUUCCUUCGGCCUGAAGGAGUUUGCUGAGGAGGAUCCGCCCAGUGUUAAGCAUAUGGCAGAUGUUUUAAGACUCAAUUCCAUUGAACAGGAAACUUCCGAAGGAUUAAAAGGUCCAGAACUAGAUGUUUUCAAAGACCAGAAUUUUAGUUCUGUGGUUAGACGCAGUUCUUAUGAAUAUCGCGAUUCAGAUCGAUUUGGGAAUGAUCAAGAUGAUUUUAAAUUAUUCGAAGCAAAUGAAACUAACGAGAAAGGAAAAGACGAACAUCGAAUUCGGCAGACUAUAAUACAAAUGAACUCUAGAGAAAAGGAGCAACCCAAUCAAGAAAUAGGUAGUCAUGAUCAAGUUUUGCAGUUUCAGCCAUUCAGUGUUGUGGAUGAGAAGGUAAAGCAGAUGAGAGAUCAACUCAUUACAGCGAAGGCGUACUUAAGUUUUGCACCACCAGGUAGUAACACUCGCUUGAUGAGAUCAUUGCGAGCUCGAAUCAGAGAGAUGGAACGAGCAGUUGAUGAAGCCAGCAGGGAUUCAGAUUUACCAAGGAGUGUUUCACAGAAAAUGAGAUCAAUGGAGAUUACUUUGGCCAAAGCAAGUCGGGUAUACCCUGACUGCUCUGAGAUGGCUACAAAACUUCAUGCCAUGGCUUAUAAUGCUGAAGAUCAAGUUCAGAUACUGAAGAAUCAAGAGUCGUAUCUUGUUCAACUCGCUGGAAGAACUACCCCAAAAGGCCUUCACUGCCUCUCCAUGCAGCUAACAGCUGAAUAUUUUUUGCUUCAACCUGAGGAAAGGCAAUUUUCUAACCAACAAAAUUUGAAUGAUCCAGACCUUUACCACUAUGCAGUUUUCUCUGACAAUGUUCUGGCUUGUUCAGUGGUUGUUAACUCCACAAUUUCCUCUGCAAAGGAGCCUAAGAAAAUUGUUUUUCAUGUGGUGACCGAUUCUCUCAACCUCCCUGCAAUUUCAAUGUGGUUUUUAUUAAAUCCUCCUGGCAAAGCUACAAUACAUGUUCAGAGCACAGAUAAUUUUGAUUGGUUGUACACCAAGUAUAAUUCAACUUUGAGGGAACAGAAGUCGUAUGAUCCAAGAUACUCGUCGGCCCUUAACCACCUUCGGUUCUAUCUGCCUGACAUCUUUCCAGCACUGAAUAAGAUUGUACUCUUUGAUCAUGAUGUAGUAGUGCGAAGAGAUCUAACUGAAAUUUGGAGCGUUGACAUGAAAGGGAAAGUAAAUGCUGCAGCAGUGGAAACUUGUCUGGAAAAUGAAACCUCAUUUCGUUCAAUGCACAUGUUAAUGAACUUUUCAGACCCAUUUUUGAUGAGGAGUUUUAAUGCUAAUGUUUGCAAUUGGGCAUUUGGUAUGAAUUUGUUUGAUCUUCGUGAAUGGAGAAGAAAAAAGUUAAGCAUGCUCUAUCGAAGUUACUUGCAACUGGGACGUAAGAGGCGAUUGUGGGAGGCAGGAAGCUUGCCCAUAGGUUGGAUUACCUUCUACAACCAAACUGUGGCAAUAGAAAAGAGAUGGCAUACACUUGGGCUAGGUUAUAACUCAGGUAUUGAGCAGGGUGAUAUCGAGAAUGGUGCAGUUAUACACUAUGACGGAUUCAUGAAACCCUGGUUGGAGAUAGGAAUCGCUAAAUACAAAGGCUAUUGGAGCAAACAUUUGCAGUAUGACCACCCUUACUUGCAACAGUGUAAUAUCCGUGAGUGAUCAAAGUUCAUGUCAUACAACUUGAAUUCCUCGAUUCAUACAGGGUAAUAUCUGUGU